AUGGCGCUGUCGUCACGCUUAAAACUUUGGGAGAAGAAGGUGCUCGUGCGCAUGAUGCAUGCGCGGAUUAACCAUCCGGUCGCGGCCCUUGUCCCUCCGCCGCCCCUAUCCACUGUCCCGGGCGGUUUCCUCAAGCAGCUGGUACGGGAUUCCGAAAAAGAAACCCGACAAAAGGAGCCCGACAUCAAAGAGGAAAAAACACAGCCUAGCAAGCUAAGCGACAACCUGGUGCAGCAGUUCCUCCUUCCUGAUCAGACUCCGCCCAUCCUGGAGGCGGAGAUGUUGCUGCGAGCCGAAAAGCGGGGCCCCGCACAAUCACCCUUGGGUUGCACCGCCCUCCCCGAAAAGCUGGAAAUCCAGAGGGAGCUCGCGGCGGAGCCGAGCCCCAGCUUGCCAGAUGAGCUCGAGGGGGCACAAGCCAGGCUGCAGGAAGUGACGCAGAAGGAAAAUUCCUCGGAGGAACGUCAGGAACCCGAAGGAAUGCAAGCCGACGCCGGCGUGACAGAGGAACGAGGGGCCGAGGUGAAGGACGUAUGGUACGAGGCGGGCCCCGUUUGGUACGCGCACAAGGACGGAUUCGCUGCGGCCACACUGCUGAAGCCCGACGAAGGCACGCCCGAACUUCCCCAAGACCUGGUGAGACUCCGGCUCCUCGCCGAUGGCUCGCGGCUCGACGUUCCCCAAAGCCAAGUCGACAAGUGUAAUCCCGCCCACCUGGACCUUUGCGAGGACCUAAGCGAGCUCCACAGCGUCAACGAGAGCAGCGUCCUGCACACGCUCAUUGGCCGCGCUAACGCCAACAUGCCGAUAACGCGGGCCGGACCCGACCUCGUCAACUUCUGGCCGCCGCAGAAUCACGGCAAGACUCCCAGGUGGCGGCGCGGUCAGUCAUGGCGGGACACGCCGCCGUCCGCUCUGGCCGCACUGGCCAAACAGGCGUAUGUGUCGGCGGUGGACGCUCGGCGGGACCACUGCAUCUGCGCCAUAGGUCGCAGCGGCACUGGCAAAACUGCCGCCUGUCAGGCCUUCGCUGUCGCACUGCUCCAGCAAGCCGGAACCGCCGGACCCAAUGUGAGCGUGAAACGCGUUGCGGCCACGUUUACGGUGUUAAAGUCUUUUGGCUGCGUGACUUCACCCCACAGCGACGCGUCAUCACGCUUCGCCACACUCUUCUCUUUGGACUUCAACCAUGCCGGACGCGUGGCCGCCGGACACUUGCAGACAAUGAUGUUGGAGAAAUGGCGCGUUUGUCACACCACGCCGGGAGAGAGCAACUUCCUGGUUUUCUCGCAGAUGCUGGCGGGACUCGGCACGGAGUUGAGGACGGAGCUUCAGCUUCACCUUCAUCAGCUUCCGGAGCACCAUUCUUUUGGUAUGGUGCCUCCCACCAAGGCAGAGGAAAAACAGAGGGCGUCGACAGCCUUCGCAAAGCUGUCGGCCGCCAUGGAUGCACUGGAUUUCAGCGCUGGCGAGCAGAAGUCCAUUUGGCAUGUCUUAGCCGGUAUUUACCACCUGGGAGCUGCUAGCGCCUGUAAAGUUGGGCGGAGACAGUUUUUAAACUUUGACAGCGCUCAGGCGGCAAGUGCCGUGCUGGGCUGCGAGGGGGAGGAGCUUCAGACGGCUGUCUUCAAGCAUCACCUGGGGCGACUGCUACGGCAGUCUACCGGCAGAGAGCGCGACGACGGAACCCGAGACGGCCCCAGGCUGACGGCAGCUCAGUGUGUUGACGGGAUGGCGUCCGGUCUCUACGAAGAACUUUUCACUGCCAUCGUGUCACUCAUCAACAGAUCUCUAGGUGGUCAGCAGCUGGCCCUGGCGUCGGUGACGGUGGUGGACACGCCGGGCUUGAGGAACCCUCGCCACUCCGCGCAAGAACGAGCAGCCGAACUGGGCGAGUUUUGUCACAACUACCUACAAGAACGACUCCUGGAACAUCGAUAUGCACACGCGUUUGUACACAGCGUGGAGAGAUACGCUCAGGAGAACGUUCCGGUGGAGUUUCAGUGUCCGGACGUGAAUCCCGCCGAUACGGUGGCAGCCAUUGACCAGCCGCCCCCUCAGGUGGCGGCGGGUGACGCCCCUCGUGGUCUCCUGUGGGCGCUGGACGAAGAGAUGUCGACGGCCGGGUCCGACGAGGGUGCCGCCCUGGAGCGCGUGUGCCGCCACUAUGACAAGACGGUGCGCCAGUGUGAGCAAGCUCUCCACUGCGAGGUCGGGCACCUGACGGGAAACGACGCCGUCCGCUACGACUUGAGUGGCUGGUUUGGCGUGCUGCGUGACAACCCGGCGGCCAGCAACGCUGCCGCGCUGCUACGAGACUCGAACACCGCUUGCAUCAAGUCGAUGUUUGGCGCCAGCGCGCGCGCCUCUCUCGCGGGCGUGUGCGGCCUAGAGGGGUGGAGCCAGCGAUCGCUGCAGAGGAGCAGCACCAUCCGCAAGACCCUGAGCGGCGGCGCGGCGGCACUUCGCAGGCACUCGCCCUGCGUGGCCAUCAAGCUGCAGGCUGACGCCAUGGUCAACGUGAUCCGCCGCGCGAGGCCCAUCUUCCUGCAGUGCGUCAGCGCCAAGAUGGACGGUGCUGGAGCUUUUGAUAUAAACGAGCUCAGAACACAGUUGAAGGCCGCACAGACGCUGGCCGUUCUGCGCGCGUACCGCGCAGGUUACCCAGAUCACAUGACCCUCAGCGACUUCCGCUGCCGCUUCCAGGCGUUAUCUCCGCCCGUCAUGGAACGCUACGCCUCUGUCUUCGUCAGCCACGACGAGAGGAAGGCCGUCAACGAGCUGCUGGCCGACUUGGACCAGGACCCUAAGAGUACAGUGGUCGGCGCCAGUCGGGUGUUCAUGAAGCGUGGCGUGCUGCGCCACUUGGAAGCCCAACGGGACCUGCGGGUGACGGGCUGGCUGGUCCGCCUUCAGGCGGCUUGCGUGGGUCACCUGGCUAGACACAAGUACCGGACGCUCAAGGUGCAGCACAUGGCGGUGCGCUGCCUGCAGAGGAAUCUACGAGUGAUGCGUGCGGUGUCCGAAUGGAGCUGGUGGAAGCUCUUCUGCCGAGCGCGCCCACUGCUGGACGUCAACAUGGACAACGAGAGGCUGCGUGCCAAAGAGGAUGAAGUGUCUGCACUAAGAAGACGUUUGGAAAAGUCGGAAAAAGAACGCAACGAUUUGAGACAAACGGCGGAUGCCUGCGAGACCAAACUGACAGCGGUGACAUCGGAGCUGAGCGACGAGCGUUUCCGCGGCGAUGCCGCGGCUCAGGCUCUAGACGCGGAGAGAGCCGAGAGACUGAGACUCGGCAAGGAGAGUAAGGACCUGCGGGAUCAGCUAAGCCAGUGCAAGGUGGCGAUGGAGACGCUGGAGAAAAAACUGGAGGAGGAUUCUCAAAAGAUUCGCACGCUUGAGAGUCAGCGAGUGGCAAGGACGGGAACAGAAAGUGAGCUGGCCCUGCAACUGGAGUGCUGCCAGACGGAGGUGGACUUCCUCCGUCGGCGCCUGCAGCAGACUGAGGAGAAAACAGAGGCCGAGCGCCAGGCGCGGCAACAGGCAGACGCCAAGGCGGCGUUAUUGCAGACCCAACUGGAUGAAUCCAAACGUGCCGCUGUGGAGCUCAAACGUCACAACCGGCGCGUCGCCGACGAGCUGCACGAUGCCAAGGUGAUGAUGGACAGCCUGCACAAUCGCACACACGAGCUGGAACGCAAACGACGACGCUUCGACGGGGAGUUGGCAGCGGCGCUGGAGGAAGCCGAGGCCGAGCGGGAGUCCAAGGACAAAACCCUACGGGAGAACGCCGCGUUGGGCGUCCAGAUUUUCACACUGCGGCGGGAGCUCCAGGAGAGUCGGGCGGAAGCCGACCGUCUGCGCGAGCAGAAGGACGAGCUGUGCUGUCAGAUCCGGGACCUCAGUGUUCGCCCCGGCGACAACUCGCUGCCCGAACUCAAGAAGAAAGUGCGCCACCUGGAGGCCGCCGCCACCGAAAGCACGACACGUGCGGCUGAACUGACCGCCUCCGUCGAGCGGCAGCAGCAGGUUCACGUACGUGCGGAGUUGGAGAUGGCGAGAGUCAAGCAGAUGCACCAGAAGGAGCUGGAAGACAAGGACGAAGAGCUGGAGGACGUGCACCGAUCUUCUCAGAGACGGCUAAGACAGCUAGAGAUGCAGCUGGAGCAAGAAUACGAAGAGAAGCAGAUGCUGGUUCAUGAGAAGCAUGACCUGGAAGGGCUGGUGGCCACGCUGUGCGAACAGGUGGGCCACCGUGACUUCGACGUGGAGAAGAAACUGAGGAGAGACCUGAAGAGGACACACGCCCUGCUGGCGGACGCCCAGACGAUGCUGGAAUCGGUCCGUGCCGGGCGAGGAGACGGAGCUGGCCCCGAAGCCGCCGGCAAGGAGCAACUGGAAAGACUUCACUGUCAGUUGGAGGAAAGUGAAUCAAGACGGCGCGAGAUGGAGAAUGCCCAGAGCGGCUUGACGCAAGAGCUGGAGGAUCUUCACCUUCAACUGGAGAACAUUUGCAAGCAGAAAAACCUGGCGGACGACGAGCUGGCCGUCCUGCGGCGCGAGAACGGCGACCUGCUCAAGCGGCUGGACGAGGACCAGGACGACCUCAACCAGCUCAUGAAGAAACACAAAGCGCUCAUCGCGCAGUCCUCCAGCGACAUCGGUCAGAUCCGCGAGUUGCAGGCAGAGUUAGAGGAUGCCAAGAAGCAGAGACACGCCCUCCAGGAGGAGCUGCGGCGGCAGGCGUCCAGGCUGCAGUUCGUGGAGUCGUCCAGUGUCGGGCGCAGCAUUGUCAGCAAGCAGGAGGCGCGUGUCUGCGACCUGGAGAACAAGCUAGAGUUCACCAAAGGUCAAGUCAAAAGGUUGGAGGUGGUGGUGGUGCGCCUGCGCGACAGUGUGGUGCGUCUGGGGGCGGAGCUGGAGCAGAGCGCUCAGUCGGAGGCUCGCGAGCGCGAGAACGCACGUUAUUUCCAGCAACGUCUGCAGGAUGCCCGCGUGGAAAUGGACGAGCUGAGCCAGCGGCAUCAGGACGCCGCCCGACGCCGCGUAGAGCUAGAGAUGCAGGUGGAGGAACUAAUGGCAAUCCGCCAGACGUUGCAGGCCGACCUGGAGACGUCCAUCCGUCGCAUUGUGGACCUGCAGGCUGCCUUGGAAGAGGUCCGGUCUAGCGACGACAGCGACACCGACAGGGAAUCCAGCGUCGGCUCUGUUGGAACAGAGGACGAAAGAAGCGGGCGAGAACCUACUGAGGGAAGGAACCAGAGUGUCCAGGAGGGGCGCCGGUCUGUGGCCGACUCCUGCAGCAGUUUCUGCUCCCCGGACCCGGGUGACAGCGAGUGGGCCGCGGAGGGCCCGCGCCGUGCGGCGUCUUCGUCAGCUCUUUCCGAGCUCUUGGAAGGACUCCGCAAGCAGCGAGCGGGCGGAGAGGCUGGUGGCACAGUGUCGCUUCCCGUUUAUCAAACCACGGCGGCAUCCACCCUGCGGCGCCGGGCCUCGGCGCUCUCCCUGGCCCCGGAGCAGCCAGUGGGCAUCCUCAAGCCGUCCUCGCCUUUGCUGCCGCGCGCCGCCAGCGCCCUUUCCGUCAACGCUGCAUCGCAGCCGGCGCCAUCCUGCUUUAAUUCCUGCGACUCGCUGACGUCGCCUCCGUCUCUGCCCCGCCUCUCGUCUUUGCAGCUCCCCUCCACCGAGGGCCCCUCCGCCCGGCGCACCCCUUCCCCCGCCGUCAUGGAAGAGGAAUCUUUGUGUCCCCCGUCGAGUCCUGGCCGAUCCCCGCGGGCGCCCCGCCGUUGCGUGCGAGCGAGCUUGCUCUCCGAAGACCCGUCCGAGGUCCCCCCACCGACUGAGGGGGUGGUGUUCCAGAACCGCCGCCUGAUGGAUGCAGACGCGACGUCUGACAUCCUCCCCGCCAUCCGCAGGCCCCGUUCGGCGUCCGGGCGGCGAGCGCUGAGCGUCCACUUCGGAGACCUGCCGCAUUCCCCGCGGCGGCGCGGGAGCUCUGACGCCGAGUCAUCCGGAUCUCGGGGUUCGGCGGCUAGCGGCGAGUCAGCGCGGCUCCGACGACGCGCGGAGCGGCCGCGGGGGGACAGGCUCGAAGCCGAGGGCAGCGAGGGAGGCGGUGACGUGGCCGCCGUCAUGAGGAAGUACCUCAACAAAGAACGCCAGUGA